CUUUACUUAAAUUUGCGAUUAAUCAGCUGUUAUUUCCAAUACGAAUUUUUACUAUAAUGUGGCAGCGUCUAAUAUUCCACUAACCGAUCUAUUACAGUGCCAUUCUCUACACAAGGUCUGAAAACUGUCUGUUAAAUUCGCAGCUGGCGCAAACAAAGUCUACAAAAGCGCGCAAGACGCCAAAUUCAGGUUGAAAAACGUAAUAUAAAGAAAAACCUUAAUUUUCUCAAUUUUGUAAUUAACCCCGUUUAUUGUUAGUAAACAAUAAAGAGUAACUUCCUGCAAAUAUAUACAAAUAACGCUAGCUGAUCAGAUUACAUUUCAAUUAGCAGCAAUCGAGUUACAGUGCUGCAUUGUGAAAUGGAAGCAUCUAAUGUUUUAAAAGAGUAUCUGGAGUUGUUUACUGCAGAUUGCAGGCAGUUAAAAUUACUAGUUGCACCAAAUGCCGCGGUUGAUUGGUUCGGACGCACAGUUCGUGGUCCAGCAAAAAUACAUGAUUACUUCAGAUUCGAAGUAUCCACACAAUAUGAGCAUGCAGAUUUUGACAAAGCGGAAGAAUGCCAACCAAUUGAGCAGCGCCCGUCUCAUUGGAAAACAAAAUCACUGCCAAUGGAGGAUGCAGACUUCGUUUUGCCAAUAAAUAAAGUCACUGGUAUAACUACGUUGAAAAGUUACGCCGAUAGUGACAUUGAGGAUGAUGACUUGGAGAUGCGACCGUUGCCAGGCAACCGUACACCAGAGCAUCACAGCCGUCACGCAUCGCAUGUCGGUGAACUAACACCGCCUUCGAGUACAAUUAAAAUUGAAGAUAUUAAUGCAUCUGAUUCGGAAAGUGAUUUAGAUGAGGAGGCAUGUGCGUCAGCCCCCAAGCGCCUCAAACGGUCCACUCCAACACCAUUCAGCUAUUUGCGUCACAUGCCGGCGUCUAGCAGUAAAACUACGCACGUCACAAAGCGUCAGUUAACAUCAACCCAGUUUGACAUGCAAAUGUUGGGCGACGAUACAUCCAGUGAUGAAGAGUUGGAUGCAGAUUUACGCAAAAAGAUAGCCACUGAAUAUUCACCAUUGAAGUAUAUAGAAACGAUGGGUAAAUUGCGAGUUAAACCAAAAAUUUUAACUUCCACGGAUUCACCACCAACACCAUACCGCACAAGCGAUUGGGAUAGACCUGUGCGUCUACGUAUAUCAUAUCGUCGAAAUUUGUCCGAUCAAUCCUUGCAAAUUGCUUUGGUUAUUUAUGAACAUCUGCCAAAUAAUAGCGCUGAGGGGAAUCAAGAUGUACCAUCAACCAUGGGAACGCGUCGUCGUAACCUAAUGGCACAAUUUAAUGAAACCGCGCUAAGCGUACCGCCGCAGGCAACACAACAACAAGAUGUGCAGGACACUGAAAGCAUAGCAGUCACUGAAGUUGGCACAGCAGUACCAUUGACGGAUGUGGAUGAAGAAAGCAUCGCCAUAAGCGUGGUGCAAUUGCGUACACCUACGAAAAAUGACCAUACACCACCGGCUACGCCCAAACGAAGGCCAAGAGUACCAUACACCUUGUCCGGCAUGAAGCGAAUCACUCCGUCCUCAUCGACGACAACACCAAGACGUGGCGCUGCACGCACGCUACGACUGUGAUGGGAUUGUAUCGAAGCAAUAUCGUAGAAAGAUAUUUAUAUUUAGUAAAACUUUAGCGCAAUUUAUUUUAUAUUUUUUAUAUGGUUGGUUGAAAAUCAAUUGUUCCGAAUGUGUCAAAAUCAGAGAAGCGUAGCAAGUGCAUUUUUUUUAUGGUUGGAAUGAAAUCGAUGAAAUGCAUUUGCUUAAAAUUGCCAUUUGCCAAAAAUAUUCAUGAAAAAAUGAUAUUGUGUAGUCUGCUGCAAGUUAUUAAAUUACUUAAAGUAUUUUUUCAUACUUUUUAUAAUUUUUUUUUGUAAAAUUAGAACGCCUGUGGUGCUUUAAACAAAACAUAUCUACAUAGCAAAUGUUCUUGUCACAUUCGGAAUCCUUUAAAACGCAUAAAAAUAUAUACUGCUAUUAGGAGUGGAGUUUAUGAAAGGUUGUAUACAAAUUUUACAAAAAUGCAAUAUUUACUGAAAUGUUACAAAUUUUUUGCAAAUUAAUUAUUGCUGAAAUUUCCUAAUAAAUUAAUCAUUAUAUAUAUUUAUUAUUUCUUUUUUUUUUGAAAAUUUAAUCAUUUCAAGAUAAAUAAGUUUUGUAAAAUUAAAUUUUCCAAGUUCCCAAAAGUUUGAGAAUUUGUAUUUAAAGUAUUGCUGUUAUAAAUCAUAGAAAAUUAAGAUCUACAUUUCACUAAUUAUAUGCAUUUUGAAUUUGCUAUGCCAACUUCAGCCAUGAAAUUGAUUUUUGAUGUCCUCCCUUAUUCCUAAAAGUACGAUGUACAUAUAUAUUUGAAAGCUCCUUUAUGUAAUACUAAUUAACUUUAGUUUAAAUUAUCAUACAAGGGUUUUAUCAUUUUGGCGCUCUUUUUUUCUAUAUUAGUAUAUAUUUACAUAUAUAUAUUUCAAUAUUAUUCGUUUGCAUAUUUUCUACCGUUUUUUGAUGGCCAUUGGCAACUUUUAUAGUGGUCUCAUUUAUUUGCUCCUAGGUAUUUAAAUAAAUGUUAACUUAAUUUACAAUAAAUUAUGCAUAUGUAUAUACUUUAUAAGUGUUUUAGACAGCCCCUUAAUUAAGUCAAUUAGCACAUUAAUUGACUGAUUUAAGGGACUCUAAAACGUCGAUCACAUUGAAGUGAGUUAUAUUUUUGAAUUGCAUAUUUAGAUCUAUUACUUUUUGAAAUUUGAAGUGGCAUAAGUUGUUGUAAUGCCGCAUUUGAAUGCAAAUUGUUUUAUAUCUUACAUUACACUAGUAAUGUAUUAAUUAUGGUCAUUGGUCAUGGAUUUUGUAUUUAGAAAAAGAUUAAUAAAUGUGUUGAGAGGAAAA